AUGGCUUCUUCUAGUGGGACAUCCUCAGGUUCUUCCAUGCUUCAAAACUCUGGUUCUGAAGGAGACUUGCAGGUUCUGAUGGACCAGAGAAAAAGAAAGAGAAUGAUUUCCAAUCGUGAAUCUGCAAGGAGGUCUAGGAUGAGAAAGCAGAAGCACUUGGAUGAUUUGAUGGCUCAGAUGGCUGAGCUGAAGAAGGAGAACAAUCAGAUCAUCACCAGCGUGAACAUCACAAGCCAGCAUUACAUGAACAUUGAGGCAGAGAACUCUGUUCUCAGAGCCCAAGCGGAUGAGCUUAACAACAGACUGCAGUCUCUGAAUGAGAUUGUGAGUGUCUUGAAUGCAAGCAAUGGGGUUUUUGCUGCUGGAGAUUCAAGCAGCUUCAAUGAGCCCACUGACAGCUUCUUCAACCCAUUGAAUCUGUCAUAUUUGAACCAGCCCAUCAUGGCUUCUGCUGCAGAGAUGUUUCAUUACUGA